AUGCAACCUGCCAGUGCCCAUCAGUGCCACAUCAAUGCCACAUAUCAGUGCCCAUCUGAGCUGCCUUUCAGUGUCACCCAUCAGUGCCAGUCAGUGCCACCUAUCAAUGCCAGUCAGUGCCACCUAUCAGUGCUGCCAAUCAGUGCCACCUAUCAGUGCCAGUCAGUGCCACCUAUCAGUGCCUGUCAUCAGUGACGCCUAUCAGUGCCAGUCAGUGCUGCCUAUCAGUGCCACCUAUCAAUGCCAUAUAUGAGUGCUGCCUUUCAGUGCCCAUCAGUGAUGCCUGCCAAUGCCCAUCAGUGCCACCUACCAGUGCCUCCUCAUCAGUGCCCAUCAGUGCCACCUAUCAGUGUCCACCAGUGCAGCCUAUCAGUGCCCAUCACUACAGCCUCAUUAGCGCACAUCAGUGA